AUGCUGCCUCCAUUAUGGCAGCAACAAGCCAGUAUUGGUCAUCAAUCAGGUGGCAAAAAACUACCUGGUAAUUGGCAUACAUAUCCGGAAAGUGCAGCGGCCGGCCUAUGGACCACGCCAUUCGACCUGGCCCAAUAUGCCAUCGAAAUACAAAAAUCUCUGCGGGGAGAAUCUAAUCGAGUUCUUUCGAAACAGAUGACCGAAGAGAUGCUUACUAAACAUUUGGGCGACUGGGGUUUAGCUCCUGGAGUUAAUCAACUUGGAGGUUUAUUUGUUAAUGAUCGCCCAUUACCUGAUACUACUCGAACACGUAUUGUUGAACUUGCACAUAAUGGUAUGCGUCCAUGUGAUAUAGGUCGGCUUUUACAAUUAUCAAAUGGUUGUGUUUCAAAAAUCUUAGCACGUUAUUAUGAAACAGGUUCAAUAAAAUGA